AGUGUCGUGGUGAAAAUCUGUCGAUCUUCCACAGAGUCCGUAAAUCGCAUUGAUAAGUUGAACAAGUAGUAGUGGUCGAUUUUCUUGAUAACUAUCCCAUUGCAGCUACAGAAUGGCGUCCAUUUGUUCGCACGGUUGCACCAAGAUCAUGAAACGUGCCCCCUUGAAUAUGAAUGUCAUCUCCGGUCUACUUCUGCUGCUCUGCACCCAGAGCCUCUUCCUCGUCUUCCCCCUUGCCGCCGCGUGGCACCUGGAGAUCCUGGUUACCUCCCCCUGGUUAUCGUACAGAAAAGAUGAAUAUCAACUGUAAAAAUGUCUGGGUCUGGAAACUUGUGAUGCUGGGUGGCGUAUCAUGAGGAGGCCACAAGUGCUCGCUCAGCAUGACAAGUUUUUGAGCUUCUAGGUGUUGCCUAUUCUGCAUGACAAACUGCGUUUCUACAUGACAGAAAAGUGGCGGUCUUGGGUAACGUGCAUGACAGAUUUGAGAGUCAUGCCAGACAAGCAUGACAAACAUGCACUCUUCCAGACCCAGACAUUUUUACACUUGAUAAUGAAAUGCAGACAGGACAGAUUUGUAAAAUGCAAAAAAUUAUUCGAAAAAUCUGUCAUGGGCGAGCCCGUAGCGUGCUGCUUAGGAUUAUCUGCGAUAGAGAUCAACAUUUGUGCAGCGCGUGCCGGUUUCUUGUGUAUUUAUUUUUGCAUUUUACAUUACAAAUAUGACGACUGCCUGCUUUUUUCUGUUUGAUACUGGCGCAAUGAAGAGCGACGGAACAUCCUUCGCAACGCGUUGACGAAUUGCAAAACGGUUGGGGUCGCUACCCAGCACAAGGUCACCUACCACUUCUUUAUGGGCAACGUGAACGACACAAGACCCAGUUUCGAGGAAGACACCAACCGCGUGCUCUUCGCCGCCGGGCGGUUUCUGGAAAAUGGAGAAACCCUCUCGUCCAUCGGACCCGCGGUGGAGGAAAACCAAAACGACCUGGGGGUCAACACAGGAGAGCACCAGCAAUUUUCCGACGCGGUGGUAACUACCGACGAUGAGGCGUUUCUCUACGGGUUGCGGGUGAGAACAAACCCAGCAGACACAUCAAGUCCUGAAAUAGUACAAAGAACUCAUCUCCUGCAGGGGGACAACAACUACAGGGAUCUUGUCGUCCUGAACGGCCCAGAUUUAGAUCCCCCAGUGCAGCGCGACGUCACGUACGUUUUGGAAAGACCGACCAGCCGCGCGUUCCGCGUCGCGUACGGGACCAGGUGGGUCUACCUCUACCUGCCCAGCACGGACUUUAUCUUUUAUCUGGACGACGACUCGUUUCUGAACGUGCCGAGGUUGUUUCAACUCCUUGACGGGGUUGCGGUCACCGAGCAGCGUAACAUGAUGGAAAGGCAGGAAAACGGGGAUGAAAACCUGUCCUUGCGGUACCGAAAUGAACGGGAUAGAAUGCAGUCGAUCGUGGUUGGAUACAUGAUGGCAACGGACGUGGACAUGGGGCGAUACGACGUUUGUGAAAUGUAGGUUAAUAUAUAGAUAUGUGUUAUUCUUGUAGAAUUUUUACUUUUUUCUUUGUGUGAGAUUUUUUCUUGCUACUUCUCCACUAAGAGUACUUCUACGUGAGUUUCCUGUACAAAUUUUUGUUGUGGGAGGUAAAGAAACACUCUCCGCUCGAAUAGAACCUUAACCUCUGGGAAGAUUGUAUGUUAACAACCGUCAAAACUUCGACUGUCCCACUCAUCCGACAUCACCGCCCCAGGUGCGAUCCCUGCGAGCGCUGCCUGAACGACCGUGCGCUGAAGAACUUCUGUGCACAGUUGCCGCACCUCUCCCUCUAUGUAUUGCAAAAACGUCUGGGUCUGGAAGGUUGCAACUUGUAAUGCUGAUUCUGGAUCGUGCAAAAAUCUGUGUUGCAUGAAUGCCAAAAGCUGACCACUUUUGACAAAGUUGAGAGGAAGUUUUAUCAUGCAGGAAGUUUAUCAUGCAGCAUAGGCAUGAUACGGAUCUCACAGAAUCUGUCAUGCUGGGUCCUGCAUUCCAGACGACAGGGAUCAUGGAAAAUCUGCAUGACAAGCCUGGGAAUCUUCCAGACCCAGGCAUUUUUGCAUUUGAUACCCUCGGCGGCUGCCUGGCGUACAUGAAUACGUGCAAAAUUUACGGGACGGAGACACCCUUGCUGGAUUGCAUCCGGUAUGUAUUGCAAAUAUGUCUGGGUCUGGAAGGUUGGAACUUGUAAUGCUAGCUCUCCAUAGUACCUAGGAAGUCUGUAUUGCCUAAAUCAACAAAAGUCGCAGCCUCUUUUGGAGGAAACACGCAGUUUCAUCUCAUGCGGAUUGCCUAUGAGAAAGCGUUUUGAAAAGUUGUCAUGCCAAAUUGAAUAUUCGGAACUGUUUCCUUCAUCCACAUUUUCGCAUCACAAGUUUCCAGUAGACCCAGACAUAUUUGCAUUUGAUAUCCGGGACGCGCAAAUGGAGGCAGCCCGUCUCGCGGAGUACUUCGGUACGAAAAAAUCUCCGCUUUGGCUUAUCCCGUGUAAAAACAUCCCCACCCCAUACCUGUCAUGCAAUUCUGCAUGCCAAGAAAGUUUCUCAUGCGGAGCUCUAUGAGAAGCAUUUUUUAUUCGUGUUAUGGAAUUUGUGAUGCUAGGAUCAGUUUGCUGUGCUAGAUCUGUGAUGCUUCUGAACUAGCUAAACAGGGUUACACUACAAGGGCAAAGAACUUGUCAUGCGAAACAACGAAAGCUAGUUGAUUUGUCUAGCAGAUUUCCCAUCUUGACUCUGGUGUGGGGACGUUUUUAAUCAGGAUAUGGCUGCUCGGCAUGGGCUGGCUUUUCGGGAAAAGGGUGAUCAACUGGAUCGCGCGGAACGCCGCGGAUUUGAAAAAGCGCGGCGCCGCCGACUUAUCCUGAGAAAAAAGUGUUGCAGUUAAGUACACACCCUGAUGAGAGUGAGAGACAAGCAAGACAGACAACCUCUGGCAUGCAGGAAAAAAUGCUUGCCCGCCUCAUAUGAUUAUCCGUGUUUUCGCUUAUAGUUUUAGUUAUAGUCUGCGCAUCUCAGGUAUUUUCCUUUUCCAUGUCGGGUAGCAACUUUGUGAUGCAGAAACUCCAACACCAACAAAUGGAAGUGUGUCACUGUAAAACUUUUUUCCUGUGAUGCGACUUGAUUCUCGGUUACUGGCUGGUUGGGAUGGAAGAUCUGAAUUGGGUGGACACCGGGCCGUACGGAAAUUUUCGCUUUCACGACUACCCCAUGCGGGGGAACACGUUCACCCGGGCCUGCCACGACGAAACCAUCCUGGUGCACCGCAUGACGCCGAAGCGGUGGGAGCGGGAUUUCGAUUAUGGCGCGCCUAAAGUAGCUUUUUCAAAAGUACUAGAAUUUUUUUUUUGAUGUUUGUGCGGCACGUCGGCAACUAGCUAUACCAAACUAGAUAGAGUUAGCUAAUCAAACUAGGUGGAAUUUUGCAUGCGUAACCAGUUGUCUAACUCAGAGGUAGUAGCUUGCUCGUCUUCCACGAAGGGCUGGCCUACGGAUCUGUCCGGAACGCUAUCGGUACGUCGUGGCGAGCUCGGACAUGUUUCUGGUUGCGCGCAAAGUCAUCUACUCCGGUUGAAACAACAGGUGGGCCAUCUCAUGACGUUCGGCGUCUACUACGAAUUUGCGAGCAAGUUCGCAAUACGCAAGUGCGGAGGCCACCUGCUGCGGACCGCAGCGAAAAGAGUAACGGGCACGCAGGCCUGCCCCAACACGGGGCCCCCAGAGGGGCCGCGAAGUGGCCGGCAAAGUGGCCUACGAAACACCCCCCCAAAAAAUCUCCAAUACCGAUGUAACUACCCCUCCCGAAGAGGCCGAUCAGUUGGCAUCUGCGGAGGGGGGCAAACUCGGACGAAGUUUCCCAAUAGAUUCGCAGAGGUUUUUUUCCCAUGUUCGACAGCUAAUGCGCCUUCGCAGUGUAGGUAGCGCCAUCGUGCGCCAGUGUCAAGAUCUGGCUGGAUGUCCGGAACCAGGUAUCGGAGGUUGGUAAAUUCCGCACGGUUUUCGUCGUUUCGGGACCGUACACCUAGCCAGAGCUCCGAGUAGAGGACCCUCAGCAAGGCUUGGCGACGGGACUGCUCUGGACAGAUCCGUAGACCAGAGCCUCGAAGAGUACCAGCCUAUUUACCUCGCGGCGCCGACGUGCUUUUGCACUUAUUCGCAAUGGACUUCUCAUGCAUAUUCAGAAUUGCCUAGUUUUAUUAACUAGGUUCUGGCACUGAAGCGCUUGCAAAAAAAAAAUUCUAGUACUUUUAAAAAAGCUACUUUAGGCGCGCCAUAUCGAUAGAGAAACCUGCAGUUUAGACUGCGCGUUUAUCGAAAUGAAAAAUCCUUCCACCCAUUAAAUUUGUGAUGCUGAUUUGUGAUCACAAGUCAUGUUGUCAUGCUAGAAGGGCAAAUGGGACGCGGGCUGUAGUGCUGGCUGGCGUGGCAAAGCCUUGCAUCUACUUCAGUGCCUCUGACAGAAGGCAAUUGGAAGGGGGGAAUCUCAUGACAAAUUACCUGCAAGGUGCGGUCUUGUUUGCCAAACAAGACCGCAACUGCGUCUCUUGCCCUUGUAGCAAUACAAGCCUUACGCAAGACAUCCAGCAUCACAAAUUUCCUGUACGACACUGGGAGGGGGGAUUUUUCCUCGCAAUAGCGUUGGAGACGGACCCGGAGUUGUCGGACGAAGACAGGCAGAAGAUCCAGGAGGAAGAGGAGAAGGAGGAGAGACUAUCAAAGUGAAAAAUCCCCCCUCCCCACAUCGAAAAGGUAUGUUUCUGAAAGUUUGUGUUGCUGAUUUGAGCUCACAAAUCACGUCUGUCUUGCAAGAAGACAGGCGCAGAGGCUUCCGCACCAUUAUGGAAGCGAUUUGGCAUGCUGUUGCGCCUAGGGGGCACCCGUUUGCAAUGCUAAGCAACUAGACCUAUAAGUACGCCCCUACCUAGGCCGAGGAUCUGGCUGCGAUGCCUUACUGCAAGACAAAUCCGAUUUGUGUACCCAAAUCCUGCAUCACAGAUUUCCAUUUCGAUAUGGGGAGGGGGGAUUUUUCCUUUUGAUAGAGACGGAAAGAGUUGGAAAUGGCGGACUCCUUGCGCGAACUGGAACUAAACCCCACCGGGGUGCUAUGAAAGUGCAGGACAACUCCCCCUCCGCCUUCAUUUGCGCCGUUGCAUGAACAGCAACACAAGCGCUGGCAAAGGUCCAGCUUUUGCAUGACAAAUUCCUAGGAGACUGUAGUGCAGUUCUGGAUCAUUCCGGAAUCUGUCAUGCAAACAGUGCUAACAGGCAAAGGGUGGAUUUGGGAUUUUGCAUGACAAACGAGGGGGAGGGGGAGCUGUGCACAUUCAUAGGUGAAGCGGGAGACGCGAAUACGCGACGACGAUGGGAAGGCUCCUACGGGUGGCGAGGGAGGACCAGGAGGUGGCAGCCACAGCAGUAAUCUCCCUCUGAAUCUUCACAUGGAGGCGGAGGGGGAAAUAGAUAUGGAGGCGGAAGGGGAACAACAAAUGGGGGCGGAGGAUGAACACAUUGGACAGAGUGCGGAAGUAUCCUGUGCAAAAGUAUCGUACUCCUAUUGCAAUCAUGCAUUAAAAAUCCUUGUCUUCGGGUCAAUCCGCAUUACAAAUUUUAUUUCUCAUGCUGAGGAAAUCGAAAUUUGUAAUGCAUUUAUACGAGUGCGAUACUUCUGCAGUGCAUAGGAAGUAGAUGAGAUCGACUUCAUGAGCGAGAAACUAGACGAUAGUUUGGAUGACGCCUUUGUCACGCAAGAGGACGAAAGUGAUCACGACGAAAAUUUUUACCCAGAACCCUCGUCGUACGAGGAAAACGACGAGAAUGUUAAGACUAUAGAGAAUAAUGAACUAU